AUGUCUUUCUUUGGGAAAACUAUUGUUGUCACAGGCGCCGGCAGUGGAAUCGGAAAAGCCACAGCACUCCUUCUUGCCUCCGAAAGGGCCAAAGUGGCUCUUCUCGAUGUGAACCCAAGUCUAUUCGAUGUCGAGGCACAGAUCAAAUCAUCCGGAGGUUCAGCUCUGGCAAUUAAAUGCGAUGUCCGCUCCUCUGCCGAAGUCGAUGCAGCUAUUCAGACCGUGGUAGAAAUAUACGGGCUACUUGAUGGUGCUGCCAACCUGGCUGGAGUAAUUGGUUCUGGUCGGCGGAGCGAAACUCAUACAGGUGCCCUUGUGCAGACCACUGAUGAGGAAUGGGAUCGUGUCCUUGGGAUCAACUUGGGAGGCGUCAAGAACUGCUUGCGCGCCGAGUUACAGCAUUACAAUCCAAAAUGCUGCUCCAUUGUCAACGCCUCAAGUGUCUCAGCACGAAUUGGAGCGCCUUUCAAUGCGGCCUACAGCACCAGCAAAGCAGCAAUCGUCGCUCUUACAAAAUCGGUCGCACAGGAAAUGGGAAGCUAUGGAGUCAGGAUCAACGCGAUUGCUCCCGGCGUCACGGAUACUCCCAUGGUCAGCAGCCUCCCAGAACACACCCGUGAACUCUGGAGAAAGUCGAAUGUCUUGGGAAGGCUGGCUGAUCCGAGCGAGAUUGCCAACGUAAUACUUUUCCUCCUUAGUGAGAAAAGCUCCUUUAUAACUUCAGCAGUAGUUGACAUUGACGCAGGUCGCGUUUAG